AUGCCUGCCUCCUCUUUUACGCUGCUAAUCUGGCAAUUAGUCGGUUUAUCCAGAAGCCAAGUAUGCUUUGGUGUGAUGUCAGCGGCACAGAUGCGACAACAGGCCCAUCUUCAUGUUGUUAGCAAGCGUUUGUACCAGCAAGAGUCGCACACUCCCGUACCGUUCGGAGUGCUUGAUCACAGAAUGGGAACCAGUGAGAAAAGUAAUGAGUGUUUGACUUGUAUGAAGCCUCUUUCGGAUUGCAUUGGUCACUAUGGUUAUAUAGACCUAGAACUGCCCGUCUUCCAUAUCGGAUUCUUCCGCUCUAUAAUAACGAUUCUUCAGGUCAUUUGCAAGAAUUGUAGUCGAGUUCUGUUGCAACCACAUGACAGAAAAAAUUUCUUGGAAACUCUUCAGCGCCCUGGAUUAACGUACCUUCAAAAGCGUGGUCUCAAGAAGAAAAUCAAUGAAAAAAGUCGCAAAACACGGAUCUGCCCGCACUGUGAAAUGCCGAAUGGUCCUGUUAAAAAGUGUGCAAUGCUGAAAAUCGUUCAUGAAAAGUUUAAAAUUACUAAGAAGAAGCUCGACCCUGCUGUAGAGCAGUUCCAUGCAGAAUUUAGCAUUGCAUCAGAAAACAACAAAGAGAUUGAUGGCCUACUCAAUAAAGCUCAGGAAAGUUUGAACCCAUUGACUGUAUUAAACCUGUUCAAGCGCAUCACAGACGAGGAUAUGCCACUUCUGGUUAUGAACAGCGAGAAUUCUCGACCUCAGGAUUUAAUACUCACAAGACUGCUGGUACCCCCUCUCUGUAUUCGACCAUCAGUAAUAACAGAUCUAAAAUCUGGAACAAAUGAAGAUGACAUAACUGUAAAAUUAACUGAGAUUAUAUUUCUGAAUGAUGUGAUCAAAAAACAUAGGCAAGCUGGAGCCAAGAUGGCAAUGAUUAUGGAAGAUUGGGAUUUCCUGCAACUGCAGUGCGCCCUCUACAUCAGCAGUGAGACGACAGGAAUUCCACUGAACAUGCAGCCCAAGAAACCCACAAGAGGAUUUUGUCAGAGGUUAAAGGGCAAGCAAGGGCGUUUCCGUGGAAAUCUAUCGGGCAAGAGGGUAGAUUUUUCCAGCCGAACUGUUAUCUCACCAGAUCCUAAUCUACGCAUUGAUGAGGUAGCUGUACCUGUUCAUGUGGCAAAGAUUCUAACCUAUCCAGAAAAGGUAACAAAUUACAAUAAGAAGCUGAUGCAGAAACUUGUGACAAAUGGAGUUGAUGUACAUCCAGGAGCAAACUUUAUCCAACAAAGAUUUACAAACGUGAAAAAGUUUCUUAAAUAUGGCAACAAACAGAAAAUUGCUCAAGAAUUGAAGUAUGGUGAUAUUGUGGAACGGCAUCUAAUGAAUGGAGAUAUUGUCUUGUUCAACCGUCAGCCGUCCUUGCACAAAUUGAGUAUCAUGGCCCAUUAUGCACGUGUAAUGCCGCACAGGACCUUCCGCUUCAACGAGUGUGUGUGUACUCCGUACAACGCUGAUUUUGAUGGCGAUGAAAUGAACCUACAUUUGCCUCAAACUGAAGAAGCAAAAGCUGAAGCCUUGACACUUAUGGGGGUGAAAAGCAACCUAGUAACACCAAGGAAUGGAGAGCCUCUGAUUGCUGCAAUACAGGACUUCAUUACAGGUGCUUACCUUCUCACUCAGAAGGACACGUUUUUCGACCGUACGAAAGCUUGUCAACUAGCAGCGUCUAUUUUGUCUCAAGCGGAUAAAGAUCUAAGAAUUGAACUGCCUCCCCCUGCUAUCAUCAAGCCUGUCAGGUUGUGGACAGGCAAGCAGAUCUUCAGCUUAAUCCUCCGUCCAAGCAGGAAGUGCUCGCUGAAAGUGAACCUGCGUGCCAAGGGCAAGAACUACAGCAACAAAGGAGAUAUGUGUCACAACGAUUCGUUUGUGGUUAUUUACAACAGUGAACUUCUGUGUGGUGCUAUGGAUAAACUAACUCUAGGCUCGGGCUCGAAGAAUAAUGUAUUUUACAUCCUACUGCGUGAUUAUGGUGAGCAGGCAGCCGCAGAUGCGAUGAGUCGCCUUGCAAGGCUCUGCCCAGCAUUCUUAUCUAAUCGUGGUUUCUCUAUCGGCAUUGGUGAUGUCACUCCUGGCGAAGGCCUUCUCAGAGCUAAGAAAAACCUGCUGGAUGAUGGAUAUUCUAAAUGCGAUGAAUACAUUCGUGAGCUUGAGGCUGGUAAGCUGCAGAGCCAACCAGGCUGCACACCUGAACAAACCCUUGAGGCCAUCAUCUUGAAGGAAUUGUCUGUGAUUCGUGACCAUGCAGGUAAAGCAUGUUUGAAGGAACUACACAAGAGCAACAGCCCCCUCAACAUGGCACUUUGUGGAUCAAAAGGAUCAUUCAUCAACAUUUCUCAGAUGAUAGCGUGUGUUGGCCAGCAAGCUAUCAGUGGUAAACGCAUUCCAAAUGGCUUUGAGGAUCGUGCACUACCUCACUUUCGAAGACAUUCCAAGAUUCCAGCAGCCAAAGGAUUUGUGAAGAAUAGCUUCUAUUCAGGGCUGACUCCCACUGAGUUUUUCUUCCACACUAUGGCAGGCAGAGAAGGAUUGGUUGACACAGCUGUUAAAACUGCAGAGACAGGCUACAUGCAGCGACGACUAGUCAAGUCUCUUGAAGACCUCUGCGCUCACUAUGACUUGACUGUACGUAACUCGAUGGGUGACAUCAUCCAGUUCAUAUAUGGAGGCGAUAACCUUGAUCCUGCCGUUAUGGAAGGCAAAGACAAACCUGUUGAUCUAGAAAGAGUCCUGUCACACAUCAAGGCCAAGUAUCCGUGUAAAGCUGAGAAGACUUUGACCUCUCCACUAAUAAAAGAGACAUCCACAGAAAUUCUGGAAAGCAAAGAGUAUGCCCAUUUUAGUAUGAAAUUUUGUAUUUCUUGUAGACUAUUUGUAGAUGAGAUGUGUAAGAAACUAAAGGGUUGUAGGGAACUUUAUGGAUUGAGUGAAGAACAGACAGAAAAAAACAUUUUGUAUCAGCUUGAAAGAGUGACCACAACACAGCUGAAAGAGUUCUUUGAUAUGUGUCGGGUGAAGCACCUAAGAGCCAAGAUGGAACCUGGAACAGCCGUGGGAGCAGUGGCAGCUCAGAGUAUUGGAGAACCAGGAACUCAGAUGACGCUCAAGACUUUCCAUUUUGCUGGUGUAGCAUCUAUGAAUAUUACUCUAGGUGUUCCACGCAUCAAGGAGAUUAUAAACGCAUCCAAAAACAUCAGCACACCUAUCAUAACGGCCCACCUGGAAGACAAAACAGAUCCUGAGUUUGCACGUAGAGUCAAAGGUCGGAUUGAAAAGACUAAGUUAGGAGAGGUAACUGAGUACUUAGAAGAAGUGGUUCUUCCAGAUAGAUGUUUUAUACUCAUCAAGCUGGACUUAGAGAGGAUCAAGCUUCUCAAGCUUGAAGUAUCACCUGAGAAAAUUAGAGCCAAAAUCUGUGGUGCCAGAAUUAAGGUCAAAUUUGAGCAUAUUGAAAUCUUGAAUGAACGUCUGAUAACAGUGGAACCUCAGGAAUCAGCCAAGAGUUCAAUGUAUUAUACACUACAGUCACUCAAACAGACACUCCCUAAGGUGGUUAUACAGGGUAUUCCAGAAGUAUCAAGAGCAGUAAUUCACAUUGAUGAAAAGGCUGGUCGUAAACAAGAAUACAAACUUCUCGUUGAGGGCGAUAACCUCCGAGCCGUGAUAGGAACCAAAGGCGUUUAUGGAACCAAAUGUUUUUCCAACAAUACUUACGAGGUAGAGAAAACAUUAGGGAUUGAAGCUGCAAGAAGGUGUAUUAUGGAUGAGGUUCAGUACACAAUGGUCAGCCAUGGAAUGAGUAUAGACUGUCGACAUGUCAUGUUGUUAGCUGAUCUGAUGACCUACAGAGGUGAAGUGCUUGGCAUCACCAGGUUUGGGUUGGCAAAGAUGAAAGAAAGUGUACUCAUGUUGGCUUCAUUUGAGAAAACUGCUGAUCAUCUAUUUGAUGCUGCAUAUCAUGGACAAAAGGAUGUCAUUUGUGGCGUUAGUGAAUGUAUCAUAAUGGGAAUACCGAUGACGAUUGGCACAGGCAACUUCAAAUUACUACACAAAGCUCAAAGGGAGAUCAAUCCUACGAAAAGAAGCCUGGUCUUCGAUGUUCCUGAGUUCCAUAUCCCAGGUGCGUCGUCAUCAUUGUAAGAACAAGCAUGGACUUACGCGAUAGAGCUGCUUCGUCAUCAUCAUAAGAACAAGAAUGGACUUGCGCGAUAGAGAUUUUAAAUUAAUGUGGACGUUGUUGCACAAUGCAAGCAGAGACAUUAAGUUAUAAUUUAACAUUUGUACUAACUUCUAAUGUAAUGCUUUAAACAUACGUACUUUCAAAAGGACUUGAGUUAUUUGCUACAAUUCAAAUACAAAGAAGCAAAUCAGCAUUUAUUUAUUAUGUUUCCUUUGAAAUAAAUAAAUAACAUGAAAA